AUGGAGUCGAUCCAGAAGCGCGUCAUGACGUUGAAAGACGACCGGACCAAGCUCUGCAACGAGGUCUGGGCCGGCGUCAAAGUCAUCAAAUGCCAAGCGUGGGAAGACAGCUUUCUCCGUCGCAUCGAAACCAAGCGCACGAGCGAGCUCCGCCAGCUGCGCACGUACCUCAUCGCGCGCGCGGUCUCGAACGCCAUGUCCAACGGCCUCCCGGCGUUCACGGCCGUCGCGUCCUUUGGGUUGUACGUGCUUUUGGGCCACGCCCUCGACGUGAGCACGGCGCUGACGAGCUUGGCGCUUUUCAACAUUUUGCGGCUCCCGCUGCUCAAGCUCCCGGACAUGGUCAACGCAAUUCUCGAGGCGCAGAUCAGUCUCGACCGCCUGCGCGACUACCUUCUCGAGCCCGACCGCGCGCUCGUGACUUCCGGCGGCUUGUCGAUGCCCGGAGUUGCGUGGGCAAAUGCCACACUGGACGUGCCCGGAGCGCCGACGCCC